AGGGAGCAGAAACUGAAAAGUGGCCUCCAGGAAUAAACGCCAUCACUCAUCUGCAGCGUAAGACAAGAAAGGAAGAGCUGGAAAAAAAAGGAGGAGGAGGAACAGGCAGCACCCAAACCACCCACCAAGAGAAAGUUCCCUACAGACGGACGCUGAGUUUAUUCCUGUCUGACAGCAGCUCAGAGGAGGAAAGAAAAGACGAAGAUUCCUCCAAGCUGAUCUCUGCGCUGACUCAGAGAGGUGCACCAUGGGAACGUCUUAGUCCAGUGAGGAAACCCACCUGAGCGCCUCCCUUCACUCUCUUCGUCCACACACACUCAGCAUGCUGGCCAGGUUAUACCCAAGAAAGAGCUUUACAGGAGGAGCAGGAGUGCUGCUGCUGCUCCCUCUGCUCCUAGGACUCACAAUGAUGAUGAUGGUGGUGGCGAAGGCAGCAAGUGUUGACGAGGUGGAGAGCGAGGAGAGUCAGGAGAUCCUGGAGAUCCUGGAGGAUGAGGAGCCUGUCAGUGGCGAGAUCCAGGAGCUGACAUCCUCUGAGCUGGCCAGGGUUUCUCCUCUCAGCUCCUGGAUCAUCUUCAGAAGGAACUCCAACAAGGGGGACAACCGCAGAACCAAAGGGCCCAGGAGAACCUCCAAGCAUGGUCUUCCAGGACCUCCGGGCCCUCCGGGACCUCAGGGGCCUCCUGGUCCACCGGCACCCCUCCUGCCCCAGCAACAGGAGCUGAUCCAGGAGCUGAAGCUGAAGUUAAAAGACAUGGCAGGAGGAGUGCAUUUGCAGUGUGAUCAUCCUCCUCGUGUCUCCACCUCCUUCUUCAGUCGCCUCCUGCAGUCCAUCACCAUCCCACGCCGCAGCUUGCUGGAGCUGCAGCCGUUUAGCAAACCCUCAGACUCUGAGCGAAGCCUCCAGAGGGGUCAGAGCUUCAACAGCAGCACUGGCCGGUACACGGCGCCCGUCUCCGGCUUUUACCAGCUCACCGCCAGCCUUCUCAUAGAGUCUGGUGACAGAGUUCAGGUCCGGAUCAGAGACAGCGUGAAAGCAGCGAUCUGCAUCGAGUCACUCUGCCAGAGCAACCUCUCUGUGGAGUCAGUGAUGGGCGUGGCAGCUGCAGGAGGAACAUUCAGCAUGUUACUGACAGGAACGCUGUACCUGCAGGCUGGGGAGUACGUCUCGGUGUUUGUGGAUAACGCCACCGGCUCGGCCAUCAGCAUUCUCCAGGACUCUCUGUUCUCUGGAAUACUGCUGGGAAUCUGACUGCAUGGUCACAUGACCUUUAAUGCCACCAGAGGACACAAACACCCAGCAAGCGGACAUUUUGUUCCUCUGUGAUUUCUCUGUGAGGAAAGUGAGGCUCACCCGUGCAUCUUCAUCUUCACUCUUUAACCUGAAUGGAAGAGCUGGACCCCACCUCCACCUGCUCGAACAUCUUAAUCUGUUUCAUGAAGAGUAAAAAUCUUCCUGCAUCCACUCAGGUGUUUAAACAUUCUGACCAGAGACCCACCUGCUCAGGUUUGGACCUGCACUCUUUGGUCCCGGGUCAGAUUUACAGCUAACACGAGGACCAGAAAGACCUUAAGUUCCCAGGACAUGUUCUGCCAGCCUUACAUCAAACAACCUUUCCAGCAAAAUCAGUGUGAAAUUCUGCAAUAAACUCUGUUCCCAUGUUUAGUGUAACUCAUUUUAUCCAUUAGAAAAGUUUGUGUGUGUGUCUCAGUACAUGCCAAAUAGUGACGUUCAUGAUGAACAUGAAUAUGAUCAGUGAUCAGGAGGAGCGCUGUCUCCGUUCUCUGCACUCAGAGGUGUCUCCAUCUCAGUUACAGACCCGCUCUGUCUCUUCACUGUCGGCUGAAAGGCUAAAAUGACAAUAAAAAAACCCCAAACUUUUUAA